AUGUCUGUCGAAACCAUCACCACAAUCUCCCCCAACACAAACGAGCCCAUCCUUACCAGGAAUGGCGCCUCUGCCGCAGACCUGGAGUCUCUCCCCAAGGUCGCCACUGAAGCUUUCGAGAGCUACCGCAAGACAACCCUGAAGGAGCGUCAAGCUAUAGUCCGCAAGUUUCUCGAUGGCCUUUUGGCUAAGAAGGAUGACCUUGGUGAGGAGUUGACUGUUCAGAUGGGCCGCCCCAUCUCAUACACACCUGGCGAGGUCGCCACAGCUGUUAAGCGUGGUGAAUAUCUCCUCAAGAUCAGUGACGAGGCUCUUAAGGACACCGACGGUGAGCCCGAGAAGGGCUUCAAGCGUUUCAUCCGAAAGGUCCCCGUCGGGCCUGUGCUUAUCAUCUUCGCGUGGAACUACCCCUACCUUAUUUUGGUCAACUCUCUCGUUCCCGCUCUUCUUGCAGGCUGCAGUGUAAUCCUCAAGCCCUCACCUCAGACACCCACCAUCGUGGAGCGGGUUACCGACAUCCUAAAGGAGUCGGGCCUGCCGGAUGGCGUCUGCCAGUACUUCCACUGCGGCUCUCCUACCAUUAUGGAGACAAUCGUGCGCGAUCCCAAGAUUGCCCUAGUCUGUUUCACCGGCUCUGUCGCUGGAGGACUUGCUGUGCAACAAGCUGCGUCUGACCGCAUUGUAAAUGUCGGUCUGGAGUUGGGUGGCAAAGACCCGGCAUAUGUCCGAUCAGACGUUGAUGUUGAUUGGGCUGCUGCAGAGAUCGUUGACGGUGCCAUCUUCAACUCUGGCCAGAGCUGCUGCUCUCUUGAGCGGGUAUACGUUGAUGAGAAGAUUCACGACCAGUUCGUUGAGGCCGUGCAAAAGGUGCUCAAGGCGUACAAGCUCGGCGAUCCUUUCGAGAAGGAGACUCAAAUAGGACCUCUCGUAUCGAAGCGGUCAAAGCAGGCUUUUGAGGAACAUAUCAAGGACGCCAUCGACAACGGUGCCAAGGAUGCGACUCCCGAGAACGAGACUUUCAGCAACCCUCCCGCCAAGGGUAACUUUGUGAAACCCACCCUUCUCACCGGUGUCAACCACAGCAUGCGGGUCAUGACUGAAGAAUCGUUUGCUCCAAUUAUUCCUGUCAUGAGCGUCAAGAGUGACAGCGAGGCUAUCAAGUACAUGAACGACAGCGAGUUUGGUCUGACGGCCAGCAUCUGGACCAAGGACACAGACAAGGGAUACGAGCUCGCCGAGGACGUGGAAGCGGGCACUGUUUUCGUUAACCGAUGCGAUUAUCCGGCACCGGACCUGGCAUGGACUGGCUGGAAGAACUCGGGCAAGGGACAGACACUCAGCAAAUUUGGAUUUGAUCAGUUUGUGAAGCUCAAGAGCUACCACCUUAAGGAUUACCCAAACUAA